AGACAAUAGAACUUGGAUGUGCAUCAAUUGAGAACAUUCUGUAAUCACUCGUAUUUAAAUGAAAUGAAAAAAAUCCUAUUUCCACGGAUUUUUCAUACUUUACUCUUCUUUGCAGCGGAAAUAGGCGUGUUAGCCAAAUAGACUUAAAAACCGCAACCCUUCAUUUUUUUUUUCGCACGGUGCUGUUUCUUCUUACUUUGUAAUGCUGUCAUCUCUAUUUAAAUCACAUUCUCAAAGAGCUCCUCUGAGACCCUACUUGCGGGCUUUCUCCACAAACCUGCCUGUUCUUCAACAAGCUGCUCCUGUUACUCAGGCCAAGGUGGCUACUACCAAGAACUUCAUCAAUGGAGAGUUCGUUGAAUCAUCCACUGACAAGUGGAUUGAGUUGCGCAACCCUGCAACUCAAGAGUUGGUGACUCUCGUUCCUGAAACUACCAGAGAGGAAUUGGAUGCUGCCACCGAUGCUGCUGCAAGUGCUUUUAAGCAGUGGAGCCAAACAUCUGUUCUCUCUCGUCAGCGCAUUAUGCUCGAUUUGCAAUAUCUGAUCAAACAAAACCAUGAUCGCAUUGCAGAAAACAUCGUGGAAGAGCAAGGAAAGACUUUUAUUGAUGCCAAGGGUGAUGUAUUCAGAGGAUUGCAAGUUGUCGAACAAGCUUGCUCUUUGACCAGCUUGCUUAUGGGCGAAAAAUUAACGGUGGCCAAGGAUAUGGAGACAUAUACCUUCCGUGAACCACUUGGUGUGACAGCUGGUAUCUGUCCUUUUAACUUCCCUGCCAUGAUUCCCUUGUGGAUGUUCCCUUUGGCUUUGGCUACGGGAAACACCAUGGUUUUGAAGCCUUCGGAACGUGAUCCCGGCGCUACCAUGCUGUUGGCUCAACUUGCUGCCGAAGCCGGUGUACCCAAGGGUGUUCUCAAUGUUGUUCAUGGUUCCGUUGAUACUGUCAAUUACAUCUGCGAUGAGCCCCGUAUCAAGGCCAUUUCUUUCGUUGGUUCUGACCACGCUGGUAAACACAUCUACGACCGCGGUUCCCUCAAUGGAAAGCGUGUACAGGCUAACCUUGGUGCCAAGAAUCACGGUGUCAUCUUGCCUGAUGCUAGCAAGCAAUCUACCUUGAACGCUAUUGCUGGUGCUGCAUUUGGUGCCGCUGGUCAGCGCUGCAUGGCUCUCAGUACUGCCAUUUUCGUUGGUGAAGCUCAAGAGUGGAUCCCAGAGUUGAUUGAGCGCGCCAAGGCUCUUAAGGUUUCCUAUGGUAUGGAGCCCGAUACGGAUGUCGGUCCUUUGAUCACUGUACAAGCUAAGGAGCGUGUUGAGCGUUUGAUCCAAAGCGGUGUCGACCAAGGUGCUAAGCUUCUCUUGGACGGACGUGGCUACAAGCCUCAGGGUUAUGAAAACGGAAACUUUGUUGGUCCUACUAUCAUUUCCGAUGUCACUACUAACAUGGAAUGCUACAAGGAGGAAAUCUUUGGUCCUGUCCUUGUCUGUCUCAAGGCUGAGACGUUGGAUGAUGCUAUUGAAAUCAUCAACAACAACCCCUAUGGUAACGGUACUGCUGUCUUCACCAACUCUGGCCCUAAUGCCCGCAAGUUCCAAUACGAGGUCGAUGCUGGCCAAGUCGGUAUCAACGUUCCUAUCCCUGUUCCUGUUCCUCCCUUCUCCUUCACUGGUAGCCGAGGCUCUAUCUUGGGUGACCUCAACUUCUACGGUAAGACUGGUGUCCAGUUCUAUACCAAGCUGAAGACCGUUACUUCUUUGUGGAAGGAAAGCGAUGCUGAUCACACCCGAUCAUCCGUUGCCAUGCCUACUAUGCAUUAAGUAAAGAAAAAUUGAUAAUUACGGAAAUGAAAUAUAGCAAAUUCGUAGUAUAUAGCAUAGGAUAGAUGUGUGCAUUUGAACGCAAUUCAUAAGUCAAUUGAUAUUCCCAAAAUACAUUACGCAAAUACAAUUGAAUAUCUAUGGAGCAUAGAGACG